GAGCUGAUCGCCCUCGCCUUUCCUUUGGUGUUUAUUGUGGCCUUCCUCUACACCCAGAAGAAGGUCUUGAACGAGCUCAUCUCCGAGAAGGAGACGAAAGUCCGAGAAAGUCUGCGCAUGCUCGGCGUGGGCAGCCCUGCUAUCAUCAGCUCCUGGUACCUGACCUACGGAAUUAUUUUUGGCAUCCUUUGUGCCAUCUUCGCCCUCACGGCCUCCUUCUACGUUUUCCCAGGUUCUAGCGGAACCCUGAUUUUCGCCUUCUUUUGGCUCUGGUGCAUGUCCUUCCUGGCUUUCGCGUGGUUCAUCCACUGCUUCUUCAAUCAGUCCCGCACAGGCGGCAUUGUUGGCAUGAUCAUCAUGUUCGCGCAAUGGAUCGUGUACUCCUCGCAGAACCGUGACGGUCCGCCUUCUGAGACCGUCACUUUGCUGCUCAUGUUCAUGCCGAAUGCCGCCUUCUGCACGGGCCUCGCGGUCUUGGCCAAGUUCGAGGCCGCGCGCGUCGGGGCCCAGUGGGGCAACGCCUUCAUGCAGGUCGCAAAUUCCUCCUUUGCAUCCGUUCUGGGGAUGAUGUGCCUUGACAUCCUCUUGUACACUCUGCUUGGGUGGUAUCUUGACCGCGUGGUUCCCAAGGAGUUUGGAGUGCGCCUGCCCUUCUACUUCCCAUUCCAGCGCUCUUUCUGGCAGUCGCUUUGGAGUCCGGCGGCCCUGGCGGACGCUGCUGCAACUGCGGAAGAGGCAGCUCUGAAUGGACCGGCCGCGCUUUGCGUCGGUUCCGGGGCUGCCGAGCCGGUGCCGGAGGCUCUGCGCCGGAAGUCGGCCGCGUCGGGAUGCAACUCAGAUGCAGCGACGGUGUGCGCGGUGUGCAAUCUCUUGCUCGGGCUGGUUUUUGUUUGGUCCCCGUAG